CGCGACACCAUCCGACGAAAAAUGGCCGAGGGUACUGGGCUCAAGCGUGAGCGCACACUCGAAUCGGAGGAUGGAGAUGACGAUAAGCGUUCAGGUACAGAAGACAUAAGCGGUCAGGAAGAUCGUCCAUCGGGCAGCGAAUGGCUCCCUGCUUCGAGGCUCCCUGCUUCGAAAAUCAAAUCGGCAAAGGCGAAGCAAAAGCGAAAGACAGGUCUAUAUGCUUCUGUAGAGUCGCUGGCUACGGACGAGACUAAGGACGACGUCGAUCUCCAGGAGAAACUAGCCAAUGUAGACUCGACGAUACUCGAUCGCAUUCGGAAGGCUCUGGCCUUGGCGCAGCAUGCUGGCACUGGAGAGCACGAAGCACGUCAAGCCCUUCGUUUGUCUACUCGACUUCUGUCCCAAGCCAAUCUGACCCAAGCGGACGUCAUUGCGCACGAAACGGAAAAGGAAAGGCAGCAGCGUGCGGGCUCCUCGCAGGUUGCCAUCAGGCACUACGAGGAAAAGCGCAUCAACAUGGAAUCGUGGUCAUCAAGCCUGGCAGGAGCUGUGAAAAUCUUCUUUGAUGUCCAGUGCUACACUGAGACGCGUCGGCAGAACGACCCACGCAUAGUCUGGGUUUUCUACGGACUCAGCGCGAACACCGUCGCGGCUGCGUUGGCUUUUGAGAUGGUUUACAACCAGGCAUUACAUUGGGCAAGGGCGAACAAAGAUGCCAAAGGCAAGACAGGCAAGAACUCCUAUCUUCACGGCCUCGCUGAUGGCCUGUAUGCAAUGGCAAAGCAAGAGAAGAAGAAGGAAGAGAAGCUGGCUAUUGAAGCCGAGACGAACAAGCAAAAGGCAGCCGUUCGAGACGACGAAGAGCAGCGUCGUAAGGAGAUCGCUCGUCUUCAAGACCCACUCCUGUCGAUGAAGAGAAAAGGUAGCGGAACGAAGGAAGACGCCAUCGAAGUCCUUUCGGACGAUGGGAGCCGUAGUCCGACUGAGCCGAAAUGGGACCUGUUCCCAGCCGAUAGCAGCAACACGAAGGCGACAAAAGUCGAGGAUGUGGACGAUGAAGAUGAGAUCAAGUUCGUAGGAUUGAAGGCAGGACGCAGCGGAGGUCCGCCUGAUCCGAAUUUUGUCAUCAAGAUGGAAGAGGAGCAAGGCGACACGUACGAAGAAGAGCCUAUCGCUGGGCCGCUUGAUGAUGAUGACAGCGAGACCGAAUAUGAGACGGGCAGCGAGGGCGGUUCCGAAGAUUUUGGAGGAGGGUUCGGGACGAUGGAUGAUCCAGCCCACUUCGAAGACGGCGAUGAAUUCGACGUUGAUAUGGAGGCAGAUCGGCUUCUCAACCGGGCUUCAGACGUGAAAGAAGAAAAGACAAUGGGCUUCUCGAAUAAAGUCAAGAAGGAAGAAAUCUUGGACGAUGCCGGAGACAUAAAGCCCACUUCUGACAACCUUACCAGCACCUCCAUGGAUAUAGACUCAACCUCAUCAUCAUUGCCUCAGGGCCCGUCUUCAUCCAACCCAGUCAAACAGGAGCCAAAGGUUGAUGAAGUGGAAGAAAAUUACGGCUCCUGGCAGUCCAUGGGUCAGUUGACGCUCUUCCGCAACAAUGCGCAACAGAUCGCAGACGAUUACCUCAAAGGUACAAAGCUUAAGCUCAGGAAAGGCCGAGCAUUCAAGGGUUACAGACGUGACAAAGACGCCUAUGGGCAAGGCAAAGAGGCUGCCAAGAAGGUCGAUUUUCGGAGGAGGAGGAUUGAAGGGUGAUCAAUCGAGCAAAAGUUGCUUCAAAGCAGCAUGGAAGAGAAUAAGGUAGAGGGCAAGACCAUUGGCUGGAAAACGUCACGAACAUGUAGCAUAUGGAAUAUACCUCACCAUCAAGACCGAGAAAGUCCUCAUCAAAUCCCCAUCACACAAUGUGCGCAACAUGCGAGAGAAACACUAGUCAGAUUUGAAAGAGAG